UAAGAUGGAGGCGGGUCUUUUUCCACAUGGGGUGGGGAAAAGCGAACGGCUGCUAGCUCCUGGAGUCGGACCAACUCAGCUGAGAUAGCGUAGCCAGCUAACCAAACCUUGCACGAGCCGGUAGACUUACAAUGAGAGAUAUCCUGCAAGCGCCGAGUAACUAUUAAGUGGCCGAUAUAUCAAUAUAAACACAACAUUGUGGUGAAUGAAUAAAUGACUGCUUUAUGUUCGUCCACUUGAAGAGAAGGCCGUCCAAAUGGUGAUCAUGUCAGGCACAGCCACUGUGCUGCAGCAGUUUGUCAGUGGGCUGAAAAGUCGAAAUGAAGACACCAGAGCAAAAUCUGCCAAAGAUCUGCAGCACUAUGUGACCACAGAGCUCAGAGAGUUGAGCCAAGAUGAAGCCACUACAUUCUAUGAUGAAUUGAACCAUCACAUAUUUGAACUGGUAUCCAGCUCUGAUGUGAAUGAGAAGAAAGGAGGCAUUCUAGCCAUCGUGAGUCUGAUUGGAGUUGAGGGAGGAAAUGCCACCAGGAUCAGCCGUUUUGCCAACUACCUGCGCAACCUGCUCCCCUCCAGUGACCCUGUGGUGAUGGAGAUGGCCUCUAAAGCCAUGGGCCACCUGUCUAUGGCUGGGGACACCUUCACUGCUGAGUAUGUGGAGUUUGAGGUGAAAAGGGCCCUGGAGUGGUUGGGAGCAGACAGGAAUGAAGGCAGACGCCAUGCAUCAGUGUUGGUGUUGAGGGAGCUGGCUGUGAGCGCACCCACCUUCUUCUUUCAGCAAGUGCAGCCCUUCUUCGAUAACAUCUUUUACGCAGUAUGGGAUCCCAAGCAGGCCAUCCGAGAAGGAGCUGUAUCUGCCCUGCGAGCCUGUCUCAUCCUCACCACGCAGAGGGAGACCAAGGAAAUGCAGAAACCACAGUGGUACAAGCAAACCUUUGAGGAGUCAGAAAAAGGCUUUGAUGAGACUUUGGCAAAAGAGAAAGGAAUGAAUCGUGACGACAGGGUCCAUGGCGCCCUCCUGAUCCUGAAUGAGUUGGUUCGCAUCAGUAGCAUGGAAGGAGAGCGCAUGCGUGAGGAGAUGGAGGAAAUCACACAGCAGCAACUGGUCCACGAUAAGUACUGCAAGGAGCUGAUGGGGUUUGGAGCCAAGCCCCGCCACAUCACACCCUUCACGAGCUUCCAGUCAGUGCAGCCGCAGCAGUCAAACGCCCUCCUGGGCUUGCUGGGCUACAGUACUCCUCAGGGCUUCCUCAGCUUUGGAGCCACACCGGUACCUGCUAAGAACUCUCUGGUUGAGAGCAGAUACUGCCGUGAGCUGAUGGAGGACCGAUUCGAUCAGGUGUGUCGGUGGGUGCUGAAAUACAAGACGAGUAAAAACCCUCUGAUCCAGAUGACCAUCCUCAACCUGCUUCCACGCCUGGCUGCCUUCCAGCCACAUAUCUUUACAGACCAGUACCUGUCAGACACUAUGGGCUACCUGCUGGGCUGUUUGAAGAAGGAGAAGGAGAGGACGGCAGCUUUCCAGGCUCUGGGGCUGCUGGUCGUUGCUGUAAGGGCAGAGAUUCAACCUUACCUCACGAAGAUCCUGGAGAUCAUCAAAGCUGCUCUGCCACCUAAGGACUUUGCACACAAGAGGCAGAAGACCAUGCAGGUGGACGCCACAGUGUUCACUUGUAUCAGCAUGCUCUCCAGAGCCAUGGGUCCCAGCAUCCAGCCAGACAUCAAGGAGCUGCUGGAGCCUAUGCUAGCUGUGGGCCUCAGUCCUGCACUGACAGCAGUGCUUUAUGACCUGAGCCGUCAAAUCCCCCAGCUGAAGAAGGACAUCCAGGACGGUCUUCUAAAGAUGCUUUCUCUGGUGUUGAUGCACAAGCCACUGCGUCAUCCGGGCAUGCCCAAAGGCCUGGCUCACCAGCUGGCCUCACCAAGCCUCACAAACAUCCCUGAGGCAAGUGAUGUGGGAAGCAUCACACUGGCUCUGCGCACACUAGGAAGCUUUGAAUUUGAGGGACACUCUCUCACUCAGUUUGUGCGGCACUGUGCCGAUCACUUCCUGAACAGUGAACACAAGGAGAUCCGGAUGGAGGCGGCUCGGACAUGCUCACGCCUUCUGACCCCCUCCAUCCACCUGAUCAGUGGCCAAAUUGUCAGCCAGACAGCUGUGCAGGUCGUUGCAGAUGUGCUCAGCAAGCUGCUUGUCGUUGGAAUCACUGACCCAGAUCCAGAUAUACGGUACUGCGUGUUGGCGUCCCUUGAUGAGCGUUUUGACACUCACCUCGCCCAGGCUGAAAAUUUGCAGGCACUGUUUGUCGCACUGAACGAUGAGGUGUUUGAGAUCAGGGAGCUCGCCAUCUGCACAAUUGGACGCCUCAGCAGCAUGAACCCCGCCUUUGUUAUGCCCUUCCUUCGCAAGAUGCUCAUCCAGAUCUUAACAGAGCUGGAGCACAGUGGUGUCGGCAGGAACAAAGAGCAGAGUGCUCGUAUGCUUGGCCAUCUGGUCUCCAAUGCCCCCCGCCUCAUACGGCCGUACAUGGAGCCCAUCCUCAAGGCUCUCAUCCUCAAACUGAAAGACCCAGACCCCAACCCUGGAGUGGUCAUUAGUGUGCUUGCGACCAUUGGCGAGUUGGCUCAGGUGAGCGGCCUGGAGAUGAGGAAGUGGAUGGACGAACUUUUUCCAAUCAUCAUGGACAUGCUGCAAGACUCCUCCUCAUUGGCCAAGCGACAGGUGGCACUGUGGACACUGGGUCAGCAAGUGGCUAGUACAGGCUAUGUGGUGGAGCCUUACCGCAAGUACCCUUCUCUUCUGGAGGUGCUGCUCAACUUCCUCAAGACGGAACAAAACCAGGGCAUCAGGAGAGAGGCAAUCCGUGUUCUGGGUCUUCUCGGAGCUCUGGACCCUUACAAGCACAAGGUGAACAUCGGGAUGAUUGACCAGUCACGAGACGCCUCUGCUGUCAGUCUCUCUGAGUCCAAGUCCAGUCAGGACUCAGCCGACUACAGCACCAGUGAGAUGCUAGUGAACAUGGGCAACCUGCCUCUGGAUGAGUUUUACCCAGCCGUGGCAAUCGUCACUCUGAUGCGCAUCCUGAGGGACCCUUCACUGUCCAACCACCAUACGAUGGUAGUCCAGGCUGUCACCUUCAUUUUCAAGUCUCUUGGCCUCAAGUGUGUCCAGUUCCUACCGCAAGUCAUGCCCACUUUCCUCAAUGUCAUCCGGGUGUGCGAUGCCAGUAUCCGAGAGUUCCUCUUCCAGCAGAUGGGAAUGGUGGUGUGCUUUGUGAAGAUCCACAUCCGCCCCUACAUGGACGACAUCUUCACCCUCAUCAGAGAGUACUGGACACCAAACAACCCCAUGCAGAACACCAUCAUCCUUUUGAUCGAGCAGAUCGUGGUGGCACUGGGUGGAGAGUUCAAGCUCUAUCUCCCUCAGCUUAUCCCACACAUGCUGCGUGUCUUCAUGCACGACAACAGCACCGGACGCAGUGUUACCAUCAAGCUGCUGAACGCCAUCCAGCUGUUUGGUGCCAACCUGGAUGACUAUCUCCACUUGCUGCUGCCUCCCAUUGUCAAGCUGUUUGAUGCCCCUGAUGUGCCCCCGCAGGCCCGCAAGGUUGCCUUGGAGACGCUCGACCGGCUGACGGAGUCCCUGGACUUCACAGACUAUGCUUCACGCAUUAUCCACCCAAUUGUUAGGACACUUGACAGCACGCCUGAGCUCCGUUCUACCUCCAUGGACACCUUGUCCUCGCUUGUGUUCCAGUUGGGCAAAAAGUAUCAGAUCUUCAUCCCCAUGGUGAACAAAGUGAUGCUGAAACACAGGAUCAACCAUCAGCGUUAUGAUAUACUCAUAUGUCGCAUUGUCAAGGGUUACACUCUGGCAGAGGAGGAAGAGGACCCUCUAAUCUUCCACAAUCGCCAGCUUCGUGGCAACCACGGCGAUGCUUUGGUCAGCGGACCAGUGGAGGCGGGGCCUAUGAAGAAGCUUCACGUCAGCACUACGGCACUUCAAAAGGCUUGGGGUGCGGCCAGGAAGGUGUCCAAAGACGACUGGCUCGAGUGGCUGAGACGCUUGAGUGUCGUGUUGCUCAAGGAGUCGUCCUCCCCAGCCCUGCGAUCGUGCUGGUCACUGGCUCAAACCUAUAUUCCUCUCGCCAGGGACCUGUUCAACGCUGCCUUCCUUUCUUGUUGGUCUGAGCUGAGUGAGGACCAGCAGGAUGAGCUCAUCCGCAGCAUCGAGUUAGCUCUCACCUCCCAGGACAUCGCAGAGGUCACACAGACUCUGCUCAACCUGGCAGAGUUUAUGGAGCACAGUGACAAGGGCCCGCUGCCUCUCAGAGAUGAUAAUGGUAUUGUGCUGCUUGGUGAGAGGGCUGCCAAGUGUCGUGCCUAUGCCAAGGCUCUGCAUUACAAAGAGCUGGAGUUUCAGAAAGGUCCUUCUCCUCUCAUCCUGGAGUCUCUUAUCAGGAUUUCCCAUAAAAAGAUCUAG